CGUUGUGGAUUGGAUCCGGCUACCUGCCUUUCCAUUAGGUCAUCGUAAUUGUGUUGCUCUUUUCUAGCCGUGUUAUUCUGUUUUUAAAAACCAAUCAUGCACGAUCACGACCACGAGCACAAUUGUAGCAGCCACCACGAGAAAGGCCUCCCAACGCCAUCACCGACUCUGGACGGGGUCUCGGACUCGGGUUCACAUAAUGCGGCACAGCAACAACGCCUACAAGUGCUGCGUCGUCUCCAAACAGCCACCGUUUUGUGUUUGUGUUUCAUGACCAUUGAAGUCAUCGGGGGCUUCUGGGCUGGUUCGUUGGCGGUCUUGUCCGACGCUGCCCACUUGUUGGCCGACACGGCAAGUUUCGCGAUUGCCAUUGUCGCCAACUAUCUGGCGCGUAUGCCGUCUACUGUAACCCAUACGUACGGACUCCAGCGGACCGAAUCACUGGCAGCGCUCUUCUCCAUGGUUUCGCUUGCAAUCGUCUGUGUCGGACUCGCGAGUGAGGCGUCGCGACGAUUGUAUCACAUUGUGAUGCAGGAUGAUGCCGCGGAGGAGCUCUUGAAUGUCGAUGGUCGGCUCAUGAGUGGUAUCGCCACAAUUGGAGUAUGCGUCAACAUUGUCUUGGCCUUGGUGUUGGGAGAGCAUCACGUACAUUUGCCGAGCUACGGGGAUUCGCACGGUCACGAUCAUCAUCACGAUCACGUACACCCAGCCACGGAAUCGUCCGCUUUGUUGCCGAAAAGCACCAACGGUGAUGUGGAACACUGUGUCAUUCACAACGACGAAGCUGUGCCCGACAAGGCCCGGAACGUGAACUUACACGCGGCGUAUUUGCACGUUCUGGGCGAUCUGGCCCAAUCGGUCGCCGUGCUCAUUGCCGGAAUCGUUAUUUGGCUCAAGCCGUCGUGGGCGAUUGUGGAUCCCAUCUGCACGCUCGGGUUUUGUGGACUGGUCUUCUAUUCCACGCUCGGCGUUUUACGUUCGUCGAUUGCCGUCUUGUUGGAGGAAGUACCCCCGCACGUAUCGUGGCAGGACGUCUACGACGAUCUCUCUGAGUUGGAAUCGCUCACGAAAGUACACGAUUUGCACAUUUGGUGCAUUUCGGACGGCGUCACGGUUGUGAGUCUACACGCGUCGGCCGUUGACGGACACGUCGACCAAGCACUCCGGGAUGUGAACCGAGUGUGCCAAAAACACAAGCUUCAGCACAUUACGGCACAACUCCAGACAGCAUCCGUUGAAGAAUGCAUUACGUGUACACAGUCGAACCUCAACUGCAAAAGCUGAUCAGUAUUUGGCUUUUGAUUCGCCACAAAAAUAAAAAGAUAGGCAUGUGUCCUGGACAAUGAGUAUUACACUCAAAUAUACUAUAGCAUGUCGUUAUCUUCUUCGUCA